CACGAGGACGCGGGCAGUCGCCGGUGUCAACACGAGAGACGCCGCGCGGCUUCGCGUCAAAUCCAUCAACAGCUGCGACCGCUGCGCGUAACAAGGCAAGAGCAUGGCUGACGUUGUAGAGGAGCCUGCGAAUCCAGCCUCCCUUGAGCCGUCCCUUGCCAAGGCGAAACCCAGUGUCAUCUCUAACCAGGACAUCUCGCACAUCCUGACAGGAAUUUUCGGGGGACUCUAUUCAGCCGAGGUGAUUGGCCGGGACAUGGCGGCCAGUCUGGACCGCUCUGCUGGUGGCCCAAAGCCCUAUCAUCAGCGCUAUGUGCAAAAGCUCCGCAAGUUGCGCGAGCAGUACAAGCAGCGCAUGGAUGAGGCGGAUGUGCUGGAGAGGCAUGUGAUCGAGGCUAGGGCCCGCGCCGCAGCCGAUCAGGAGGUGGCUGAGAGCCACGACAGCACUGGGGGCCUUAUUCCUGCGCCAGCUCGCCUCCGCUAUUGCGCCGACAGUGAUCUGCUGAGAAAGCACAAGCUGAUCAGCCCUGCGGACUACCAUGUGGAGCCUGCACCACUCACAAGGGCGCCCAGAGCCCGUGCAACACCACACUUCAUGGCAGAGACUGUGGCGUUCAGCAAGCGCGUGUCCAACAGCCCCGUGGACGGGGUUUACUCUGAGGACACCACCCCUCGUCAGAAGCCUGCAGCCAUCGCCCAGUCUCUAUCAGAGCAAAGCCUCACCACGCUGUCGUCUGAGCCCGAAGUGAGGCGCAGGCCACAGAAACCUCGCAGUAAGAGUCAGUGGCUUGACGAGGUGGGUAAGAGGCAGCAGGGCUCACAGGCUGUGGAGCGGGAGCAGGAGAGACAGAAGCCAGAAGCAGCCGGACGAACGGGGCCACAGAACUUCCUCCUGAACCCACGCCACCUCCCACCCGAGGACUCCCGCUCUGGCCGCUCCCUCAUCGCCCAACGCCACCAGAGCAGUUCUCCAGAGAACUUGGUGCCACUGUUCAUUGCCAAUCCUCCCGUCGUCCUCUUCACUGACUUUGUUGUUGGGCAGAUGUACGAGACUACGGUGGAGUUGCGUAACGUGACAUCCGUGAGCCGACACCUACGCGUCUUGCCUCCGUCUACGCCCUAUUUCUCCAUCGGGCUUGGGCGGUUCCCAAGUGAGUCUGGCUGCGUGGCCCCGGGCAUGAGCUGCAGCUACAGCGUGCGCUUCGCCCCAGACUCGCUCGCCGACGUGGACGACUUUCUGCUGGUGGAAACGCAGGCGGAGCACACGCUGCUCGUGCCCAUACAGGCUCGCCGCCCGCCGCCAAUACUCACCCUGCCGCCCGUGCUGGACGUGGGGCCGUGUCUGGUGGGGGGAGGCAAGGUCGUUGAGUUCCUGUGCCACAACGCUGGGCCAGGGGGCGGGCGCUUCUGCGUUAUGCCGCGCCACCGCUGGCCUGCAACCAACUUCAGGUCGGUGGUCAGUGUGGGGGCGGUGUCCCUUCCCCCGUUUGAAGUCCAACCCGUCUUCUUUGAGCUACUACCUGGGGAGGCCACCAUCCUGGAGGUCACCUUCAGCCCCACGACCCUGGGCACAUUCACGCAGGAAUUCACCGUGGUGUGCGACAACUGUCAGGUCAAACACUUCACCAUCGCAGGCGAGGGCCAGGUGGCUGGGGUUCAGCUGACGUGGGUGGAGGGAGGCGCUGCCGAGCCAGCGCUGGGGGAGCUCACGGACGCGAUGGCGCACGUCCUGCUCCGCUUGGGCCCCCUGCACCCGUUCGGCAGCACCAGCAAGCAGAUCGUCGUGCAGAGCACUGCUGACGUGGGCCUGCCCUUCUCGUGGCGGGUGGUGAAGCCGAACCUGCGAGCGCCGGCGAGCCCCGACGAUGCGGUUGGCGCGGUUGAGCCGGCCGAGCUGGAGUACCACCUGCACGCCCACUCGGGCUUCUCCGUCAGCCCCGAGCACGGGACACUGGAGCCGCACGGGCAGCACACUUUCACCAUCUCCUUUGGCCCCACUAAGCCCAAGCGAUAUCACAGCGUUCUGCACCUGGUGCUGAGUGACGUGCCCGAGAUACCCGCUACACAACAACCGUCGACAGUCCAUGCUGCCCAGGGUCAGGGUGUCACUGAUGUCAUCGUUCUGGAGGUGGAGGUCAAAGGUGAAUCGGAGCCCUUCCGAGUGCUGCUCGAGCCCCCUGCAGUCUGCCUGCCUGGGGACGUGUACGUGGGCCACCCCACUUACCGCCCAUUCCAGCUUAGGAACGUGAGCGCAGCGACCAUGAGGUUCCACUGGGACCAGAUGAUGGAACCGCACCAGGUGGAGGUGAAGCCCUCAGAGGGAGAAGUUGAGGCGGGAGGCAGCGUGUGCUGUGAGGUGUGCGUGGUGGGCAAAGCCCCCGGGCGGCUGGCACAUGCCCUCAUCUGCCACAUUAAGCACCAGCAGGAGCCAAUUGCCCUUCACAUACAGGCCACGUUCAAGGGCCCCGAGCUGCUGGUGGAGACACCCACACUGGACCUCGGCUUGGUGCGCCUCGGAGACAGCGCGGAGGCCAGGUUGCGCUUGCGCAACCCAGGCCAGGUGCCCGUGCGCUGGCGACUGGCGGCGGCGCCCGCGGGGCUGGUGGCAGCGCCCGGCUGCGGAGAACUGGCGCCGCGUGCCCGCAGCGAGGCUGUCCUGACGUUCCGGCCGGAGCGCUGCCUCACGCUGCAGGCGCACAUGGAGCUGCAGGUGGAAGGAGGGGAGAGCAGGCCGGUGAUGCUAUGUGCAGAGGUGCAGAGCCCUCGUGUGUGCUUGCUCAACUCCGGCCUGCAGCUGAGUGAGGUGUACCUGGGCGUCGUGGUCACUGAGACGGUCUCCCUGCUCAACCAGACGCUGCUUGCCACCACCUACAGCUGGGGACAGCUGUGUGGGCCCCAGGCUCAGAGCUGCAGUGUCAGGGCCACUCCAGCCAGCGGCUCCAUCGGCCCACGGGAGAAGGUGGACGUCUCUGUGGAGUUUACGGCACUCACCAUGGACGAGCUCCGUGACCUGGUGCUGCCCUGCUCGGUGGCCGGGAUGGACGAGCCGCUACUGCUGCUUGUGCAGGCCCGGGCACAGGGCCUCCACGUCACUUUCUCCACGCCCGGGUCCGGCGCCUCCGCUCCAAACGCUGCCACCGGUGUUUCUAGCGUGCAGAUACCGUCAGAGGAGCUGCUGCUCGAUUUUGGCUCGGAGGUGAAGCUCGGUGAUUUUGUCACAAGGACGCUGGUCAUGACCAACCAGACAGCCAUCGAGGCUGCGUUCCACGUGCGGGUUGAAUACUUCAGUGGGGCUCCUCCCCCGACUCCGUCCGGCCUCGCCGUGCGCAACACGCGAAUGGACAGCAGCCUUCUUCUGACAAAAGCCCUCAACAAGGCGAGCAUGCCUCGAAAGCCCCCCAGCAAACGGCAGGCAGAGGUGAGAGAGGCUGCACUGCUGGCGGGGAGGGGAGCUGCCUUUACGUGCGAGCCAAGCGCUGGCACGCUGGGCGCCUUCUCUCGCCAAGAGGUGGCCGUCACGGCGGUCAGCGACAUGUGGGGGCACUACCGCGACCGGCUGCUCUGUCAGGUCGGGGACCUGGAGCCUGUGGAGGUCCCAGUGAGGAUGUCGGUGCAUGGAUGCCCUCUGCACCUGCAGUUGACUGGGCUUCUCAAGGACCCCAGCACACGCCCCAUUGUCAGGUUUGGGACACAUGUUUCAGGAGGGGACACGGUCUCGCGCUCGCUGAGGAUCAACAACACCAGUCCUUUUGCUGUACGUGUGGACUGGGAGUCGUACAACGUGGAGAGCCAAGACGGGCGCCUGCUGGACCUGCUGCUGUGCUACGGGCAGCCCUUCCCUCUGAGGGACGCCGACGGCAAUGAGCUGCUCGCCACGGAGGCCGCCGUGCCCAGCGAGCGCCGUGGGCCCAUGCCUUGGGUGGAGAGGUUCACUCUCGACGAGGAGGACGACAUCUCUGUCCCAAGCAGCCCAGAGAGUUUGGAGAAGGACGUGGUGGAGGGUGCGCCGGCGCGUCGUGACAUCAUCAAGGUCCGCCUGCGGGAACACGAGGGGAUGGAAUCCGACUUCCCGUACUGCAUCACUCCAAGCCAGAUGGUGGUGCCGGCGCGGGGCCACGCCACCAUAGGCGUGUCGUUCACGCCGCUGCUCCUGACAGACAUCGAAUCGCGUGCCGAGUGUGCCGGCUUCGUGCUCGGAUACCUGAGCCUCGACCAGCAGGAUGUGGUGUGCGUCCCAGAGAAGGUGGACCGACCACAUGGAUACGAAGUGCCACCUCUUCGUGUGGACCUGCAGGCUUUCGUCAGACAGGCAAUGCUGACUGUGCAGAUGGACGUGGACGAAGGGGACAGGGGACUCAAGUUCCACGCUGAGGCCAGCGACCUCAUUAAAGAUGGAAAGGUGGAGAGGGAGAGUGUGCAGACCCAGCGGAUGGCGCUGCGCAACGAGGUGGGAGCGGCACUCAGCUUCCGCCUACAGACGUCGGGCAACUUCGCGCUGCUGCAGCCCGCGCUGCCCGGCCAACAGAACCCCGCCGCCCGGCCGCAGCACACCACGCCCAGCGACGGCGGGGAGUCUGCCGACACCAUCACUCUGAUGCCUCAACACAGCCUCCAGGUGGAGGUUGGGUUCCAGCUGUCGCCCGAGCUGCUGGAGGAGAGGCGGGGCGGAGACCUCACGCUACGCGUGCAAGGACAGCUCACUGUCCACUACAGCAACCGCACCCAACAGAGCGUCCCUCUGGAAGCGUUUGUCUACAUGCCUUGCCUGGAGCUGCGCGUGCCAGAAGGAGCCCUUCACUUUGGGCCGUGUCUCGUCGGCCAACGGCGCGCCCGCCUCGCCACCAUCGUGAACCGUGGCGCGGCACGCGGCCACUGGUCUGCGCACGUCCAGAGCGAGUCCGGCGAGGAAAAUGGGUCUUUUGAGGUCUCGCCUCGGAACGGCACCCUUGCACCUCACGGCUCCACGCAGCUGCACGUCUCCUUCACAGCACGGAAGCCCGCGGAGAGUCACGCAGAGCUGUGUGUCCUCGGCCUUCUGGGAGAACAACCACCCAGCAUCGGCCUGUCUGGGAGCGGCUCCUUCGAUGGCAAACACGAGGCCCUGAGGACCACUUGAGAGGCCAAAGCUCAGGGACAGAGGGCACGGGUGCUGGGGACCCAUCGGUGCCGUCCUCUGGGUUACGAGAAAAUAGUAAAGAGCUGGGAAGUAGUGGUACAGUGGCUAGCGUGCUGUGCUGCACUAUGAACCCGGUGACCUGAGUUGAUUUUCGGUCACGGCUAACAACAGUGGCAAUGAUGUCUGAAUUAGUCAUUUACCAACUCGCACUGAACAGUAUAAUAAAACAAUCCUCAUGAAGAUGCGGAAUGGGAAAAUCCUUCAUCCAGCAGUUGAUUUACAGAGGGCUGAAUGCCUGCUCAAAGGGUAGUGAUGUCAAUCCGCUGCUGGAUGAAGACCUCUCCAGGCCGUGUUGGUGUUGGGGGUUGUUUGACUAUGCUUCACCACGCUGGUCAGUGGGACCUGUUCAGAUAUCACUCGCUCCCGAUAGAAUUUAACUUAGGGAAACUUGUUUCAUCGUGAAGUGCGCUAACCAUUGUGCCGCCACUCUCGAGCAUGAAUCCCAUAAUCAGAAAAACACGAAAAGUCCACAUUCUUCACGGUGGAAGGACAAAAAGUUUAUAUAAUCGCAUAGUGCCGACAUGAAUGAGCGAACAGCAUUCAUUAUUGUUUUGUUUAUUUUGUUUCAAAUAAAGCCGCAGUGUACAUUGA